UUUGAUAGUCGGCGUAUACUGUUCAAAUAAUGAUUGAACUCUGAAGCAUUAACUUCACUUCGAAGGUAAUUCUGGGUAGUUACACUGCAAGUCCACACAACUGGGCUCGCAAAAUGGUUUCAGGCCGUCAUUUGCGCGUUUUGAGUGGUAUUCUACCGGCACUAUGGCUGCUCUGCCUGUGUCUACGGCACGGUGCCACCGCGCCGGUCGAGGCGGACUGCCCGUGCACCGACCCGUCGCAAUGUGAGCUGAUCACAACACCGCCACGGAAAGAGCUAUUCGCUUUCGUUGUGGAAGACAGCAACUGGCAGAAAUACGAUUGGUCGAAAAUCACCACAGUGGGGAUGUUCAUCAAGUACGAUCCGAAACUCAUGUGCCACGCCCACUCCAAGGGGGCCAGGAUUGUCUUAGCAGUUGUGUAUCCAGCAGCUAACCUGACGAAUCCCGCUGCCCGCACUGCAUGGAUACAGCAACAGGUUGCCCAGGCUAAGAGCUGGCACAUGGACGGCGUGAACUUUGAUAUCGAAUACGAAGUCUCCACUGAGCAUGCGCAUUACGUAGUCGAUUUGGUCAAGGAGACGGCGCAGGCCUUCAAAGCCUACAAUCCAAAUGCCCAGAUAACUUUUGACAUAGCCGGGGUACCAGACUGCUUCUUACUCGGCCGUUGCUACGACUACACAGCCUUGGCCGAAGCAUGUGACUUCCUUUUUCUGAUGGACUACGACUUUCUCGCGGCUGGGCCGGUGGCUUUGCCCAACUCUCCGCUUUCUGUCAUCAAAUUUGGUGUGGAUUUGCUCAAGGUUGUAUAUGGGGUACCUAGCAGCAAGAUGGUGCUUGGUGUCCCGUGGUACGGCUACGAUUGUCCGUGCGUGGAGCUUUUGCCGGACGACGUAUGCCUUGUCAACAGAACUCUGACCCUCUCGAAACCUGGAGUUGGUUCUGGGUCAGUCACGCAGAUUCAAUACAAAGACAUUAUGAAGCUACUUCCGAAAUCCUCAACUGGCCGCUUGUUUAGCGAGCUUUUCCAGUCGCCCUACUUUAAUUACAAGGAUGCCUCGGGGCAAACCCACGAGCUCUGGUACGACGACCCGGCCAGUCUCGCCUUGCGCUACGACUACGCCCGGGCGGAAGACCUACGCGGUGUUGGUAUGUUUGAGGCGGACAGUCUGGACUACAGCAACGAUCCGCUGGCCAUGAAUCAAACUAAAGCUAUGUGGGACGCCAUCGACAAAUUCUAAAGUACAUCUCGUCAUGGAUCUUUCAGUCAGCUUACAUUAAAUCAGCUUAUAUUAUUAUAUAAUAAUCCCGUUGGAAGGGGGAACAAAAUUCCCCACUUUUCGGGCGUUGUGCUCAUACUGCCUGCCCACCAACAAUUACAAACCGUAUAAAUAUUUCAGUUCAUACUAAAUAGAAAUUGGCGUUAAAUGCUGCUACUGUCACGUAUAUGUAUACCAUAGACAUCUAAUGUCUAUAGUAUACCUGUUUGAACAAGGCCUCCGUGGUCAGAUGGCAUCAUCAACCCCCGCCCCAACAACCGUUGUUGAUUUGCCCCCCUUGUGGCAAAGCUGGGCGAAAGCGGCCCUGAGGGCCGUCAUCUUCCGCCUGCCUUCGUAGGUGAUCUCGCAUUGGUCCGGGUCGAUCUCCCCAAGCAGGAUAUCCAGGUCGACAAAGCUUUUGUCGAACUCUUUCUCCAGGAUGUCGAGCCAGUGAAUUAUAUUGCGGCCAUCUUUUCCGCUGACAUGAAUGCAAUUACAACACUCAGUUGUCAAUCUCUUUCCACUGUAAUUCUAUAAAAUCACCGGCCUUACUGAACCAGAGGAAUUUAUAUAGGCUAAGUGACGGGUCCAAAGUGAAGGGUGCAUUUGAAAUAGUAGAAAUGUGAAUAUUAAAAUAUUGUCUAAGAUCUCUACAAUACACAAUGGCAAUGACAAAAUGACAAUACAACGACAAGUGUUCUGUUUGAAUUGACCCAUUUGUGUAUAAUGUUGUUUGAUAAAAUUUGUUUUAAAAUGUAGCUUAACGAUUAAGUCAAGUUAGUGAUCAGCGCUGGUAAUUUUUUGAGAAUUGUGGAUAAAUCACACCACGAACUUGCGCUUCUGAAAAUUCGCAUUCCACUGUGUUUCAUUCCACUAGUGUUUAAAGGAAUAGUAAAUCAUUUUUUUGCAGUUAUCCAAAAUG